AUGAUAAAGCGAGUCAUGGGCAGCAUCAGGGUAAACAGGUACAGUAUUGUCUCCACUGAAGAGGAUGGGCAUAAAGUCUCUUCACUUGGUACCAUUGAUGGGCACAGUCAGAAUGGGAAAGGCUAUGUCCCACGACGGAAACGCCGCAACCGUUUUGUUAAGAAAAAUGGCCAGUGCAAUGUCUACUUUGCCAACCUAAGCAACAAGUCCCAGCGCUACAUGGCUGACAUCUUCACGACAUGCGUGGACACUCGUUGGCGGUACAUGCUCAUGAUAUUUUCAGCAGCCUUUUUGGUUUCCUGGCUGUUUUUUGGUCUUCUCUUCUGGAUCAUUGCUUUCUUUCAUGGUGACUUAGAAGCCCCCAGUACAGGAAGUGGCUCCGUCACUACAAAACUCUGUAUCAAACAUGUCAAUGGAUUCUUGGGAGCUUUCCUUUUUUCAGUAGAAACACAGACAACCAUUGGGUAUGGUUUCCGAUAUGUGACUGAGGAAUGCCCAUUAGCCAUUAUGGUGGUGGUGGUACAAUCCAUUGUGGGCUGUGUUAUUGACUCCUUCAUGAUUGGCACCAUAAUGGCUAAGAUGGCACGUCCCAAAAAAAGGGCUCAGACUCUCCUUUUCAGUCAUCAUGCUGUCAUCUCUUUGAGGGAUGGUAAACUAUGCCUCAUGUGGCGGGUAGGAAAUCUGAGGAGAAGCCAUAUUGUAGAAGCUCACGUUCGGGCCCAACUUAUCAAGCCCUACAUGACAGCUGAAGGUGAGUAUCUGCCAGUAGACCAACGGGAUCUGAAUGUGGGCUAUGACAUAGGCCUGGACCGCAUCUUCUUAGUAUCUCCUAUUAUUAUCGUCCAUGAAAUUGAUGAGGAAAGUCCACUCUAUGGGAUGGGCAAAGAAGAAUUGGAGAGGGAGGACUUUGAGAUCGUUGUCAUCCUUGAAGGCAUGGUGGAAGCUACAGCCAUGACCACCCAGGCUCGCAGCUCCUACUUGGCUAGUGAGAUCCUCUGGGGCCACCGCUUUGAGCCUGUAGUCUUUGAGGAGAAGAAACAUUAUAAGGUGGACUAUUCACGCUUUCACAAGACCUAUGAGGUGGCUGGAACCCCUUUCUGUUCUGCACGGGAGCUGCAGGAGAGCAAGAUCACCGUCCUGCCUUCACCCCCACCACCCCCCAGUGCCUUCUGCUAUGAGAAUGAAUUGGCUCUUGUCAGCCAGGAUGAAGAUGAAGAUGAGGAUGAUUUGGAUGUAGGAGCAGAUUUGGGAGGAAGCCCUAAGGAAGAUGCAGGAGUCAUACCAAUGAUGGAGUUUGGGAGCCACAUGGAUUUAGACCGAUUGCAAGUAUCCAUCCCCCUGGAUACACUCUCAUACCGUAGGGAAUCAGCCAUCUAA